AGUCCGCUCCAGUGAAAUACAAAGUGCCCCGUCGAAGGAAAAUACUCAAAAUUCUCCCCGAAAAAUGUGUAUUCAUACGGCAAAUAUUAUUGAAUAAGAAUUAAAAAUUUUAUUGUCGGAUGAAAGAAAAAUUUCAAUAGAUUGUGGCCCAUGUCGAGCGAAACUACAUGACUUUCCUCACGAAUUGAAGGUUAGAAAUAAGAGAGACUAGGACCAUGUACAGUUUUGCGAAAUUAUGCAUUCGAAAUACAUCCGUUUACUCGAAAAAUAUUCUUCGCCAAGAGAAAAGAUUUGCGGGACACAGUAAAUGGCAGAAUAUAAAACAUGUCAAGGCGGAGAAGGAUGCGGAAAAAUCGACUCUGAUUUCGUCUUAUGUGAAGAAAAUGAAGGUCGCUAUUGCCGAGGGAAGAAGUCACAAGCCCUUGGAGAACCUGAAACUAGCCCAAAUAAUAGAGGACGCCAAGAAGAAGUGUAUUCCGGCUGGGACGAUAGCGGGAGUUCUCGAGAGAGCGGAAACAUCAAAGACUAGAGUACAGUCGGAGCUAGUUGACUUCAGAGGCCCCGGUGGGUCCAUCUUCGUCGUGAAAAUUUUGUCUGACAAUCCACCAUCGGUAAAGAUGCUGUUGAAUUCAGUAUUCAAGAAGACUAGUUGCCUUGCGGGGGACGCGAAACUUCGAAAUAUCUUCAAUCAUCGGGGGGUCAUUGUAACCGACGCUCAGAAGGAUCUAGAUGGCGCCACUGAUGAUGCUAUUGAUGUGGGCGCUGAAGAGGUCGAGGAAUUCGAGGAUAAUGGAAAAUUUUACAAGUUCUACUGUCAUCCAUCAGUUCUCCAUAAAGUCGUCACAAAACUCCAGUCCCUGAACUACACAGUCCAUUCAAUGGACGAGGAAUUCACCCCGAAUAUCGUCACAAAAAUAAGUGCAGACGAUUCAAAGAAAAUCGACCUUUUGUACAAAAAGCUCAAUCAAUUCGAGGAAAUAGUAUCCAUCAAUCACAAUAUCGACUUCAGUGAUGAGGAGCAGCAGGCAGAGUCCCGAAGUUAAUGUUAACUAGUUCCAACAAAAAUAUUUAUCAUUUAAUAACAAAAAAAGGGUUGAUUAUUCCGUCGAUCAACGAAGACGUGUGGAAAUGUCUCCAGAUUAUCAAAAUUUAUUGAAAUAUAUUAAUUACAUUUUCGUCACCUCCCUGCUCGA